GACUUUUUUUUCAAAACACCGAACAGCGAUCCAUCGAACAUCGAUUCAUCGCUCGUCAUCUACCUCUGCCGAACAGUGCUUGAGUGUCGUUGCGGUUAGAAUUAUAACCGAUACUUUGCAAGAAUUUAUAUUCUAAUAUCAAGCUAUGGCACCUGUUGACAGUUCUCCAAGAGAAAAUAUGGGCGGAUUCGAGUUGACAUGCUCGUUAAAAGCAGUGGAUACGAUUCCGGUCCAUAUGUAUAAAUCCACGAACACCGGCAUGACAGUUUGUAUUGCGGAAAUAGACGGACCCGUUGUCAGUGGUUAUUUUAAUCUUGUUACUGAAGCACUUGAUGACGAUGGCCUUCCUCAUACAUUGGAACAUCUUAUUUUCUUGGGCAGUGAGGAUUAUCCCUACAAAGGUGUCUUGGAUCUCUGGGCUAACAGAUGCCUGGCAUCUGGCACUAAUGCUCAUACAGAACGCGACCAUACUUAUUAUACUAUGACAACUGCUGGCAGUGAAGGAUUCCUCUCCCUAAUGCCGAUUUAUCUUGAACAUAUACUUUAUCCCACACUUCAGGAUGCAGCAUAUCUUACAGAGGUACAUCAUAUUACCGGUAAGGGUAACGAUGCAGGAGUGGUUUACUGUGAAAUGCAGGGUAGAGAAAAUACAGGAGAGUGUAUGACAUUUACGGAGUUAUCGAGAGCAAUUUAUCCUGGAGAUUGCGGAUAUAAAUCAAAUACUGGAGGUGCAUUAAAGAAUUUGCGAGAAAGCACUAACAAUGAGAAAGUAAGACAAUAUCAUAAGGAGUUUUAUAGACCGGAGAAUCUGACCGUAUUAAUAGCAGGGCAAGUGAAACACGCUGACGUUUUCAAGGCCCUGCAACCCAUAGAGCAGAAGAUAAUUUCAAAGGGAAACAGGGGACUGUUCGAGAGACCUUGGCAGACUCCAGUCGCGCCGCUCACGAAGAGUGUGGAUCUGGAUGUCUGUUAUCCGUGUGAUGACGAGGAUAACGGGAUGGUGUAUGUCGCUUGGCGAGGACCGUCCUGGGUCGAUGAAAUGUACGAUUGUCUCGGUUGUUUCUUACUUGCCAAAUAUCUCACUGAGACGUCCGUUAGUCCGUUACAAAAGGAAUUCGUCGAAAGGGACAAUCCAUACGCCAGCAAUGUGGGUUAUACUCAGUACAAUUUUUCAACUUCAACCCUGUGCCUCAUGUUUGAGAACGUGCCGAAAGAUAAGAUUCCCCUGAUCAAGGAGCCCCUGAUGAAAGUACUCAGCGAUAUAUGUAGCGACGGCAACGGUAUAGAUAUGAAGAGAAUGAAAACCGUAGUUCACAGGUGCAUCCUUGAAACUUUAAGUGUCUUGGAGAACGAACCGCACGACACGAUCGCGUACAUGCUCUUCGGGCAUGUGUUGUACGGAAGCACGAAGGAAGAUCUCGAUCAGAGGUUAAAUACCGUGCGUGACUUCAAAAAAAUGGAAAACGAGCCCGAAUCGUACUGGAUAAAUCUCCUGAAGAAGUAUUUCGUUGACGCGCCAAUGGUUAUUACAAAAGGCAUACCUAGUGUAGAGAAACAACGCGCCUUGACACAAGAGGAGGAACAGCGAACGGCCAAGCAAGUAGAGAAAUUGGGCACGGACGGCUUGGAACGCAAGGAACAAGAGCUUCAGAAAGCUAUCGAGGAGAACGAGAGACCAGUGCCUGACGAAUUAUUGGAAAGCGUAUCCAUACCCGGUACGGACACUAUUAACUUUCAUCACAUUAAGAGUUACACCACGGAAACUCCGGAGCAACAUUCUAGGCUAGACGCCACUAAGCUGCCAUUCUUCACCUACUUGGAUCACGUGAACACGAACUUCGUUUACCUGUUUGUCCUCAUGGACACUUCCUCUAUUACCAGGGAAUAUAGAAAGUAUAUUCCGCUAUUGCUGGAAGUCAUUAUGGAAUCUCCGGUGAAGCGGGACGGCCAAAUAAUUCCUUACGAGGAAAUAGUAGCUGAAUUAGAAGCGGAUACUAUAGGAACUUUCACUCAGAUGGGUUUUAUCAGCGCCUCGCGAUUUUCGUGUGGCUCCUAUGGCCACACCGCUAACUUGAUGCUCCAACUCGAAUUGGAGAAGUAUGAGAAAGGUGUGCAGUGGGUCAAGGAGCUUCUGUACGAUACCGAAAUAACGGUUGACAGAUUGAAAAUCAUAGCGACGAAAAUGGUGAACGACGUAGCUCAACUGAAGAGAAAUGGAUCCAAAAUCGUAGGUCAUUUAAUGAAAGGAUUACUGUACAAUAAAGAUAGCAAUACCUUCACAUCCAGCAUGUUGCGGCAGCAGAAGUUCCUCACUGACAUCUUAGAACGCCUGAACGACGAGACAGGAAGAAGAGAGGUUAUCGCAGAAAUUGAAUCGAUCAGAAAAAUCUUAACGUCCCCGAAAAAUAUGGUCCUGUAUAUGGCCGUUAACGUGGAGAAGUUAACGGUACAAGUUCCCAACGUUUACGCCUCGUGGAAUAUGUUCUUCUCCGACGUGGGAACUUCAGCGAAAACCAAGCUCAACGUCACUCCCGAUUGGUCACUGAUGAAUCCCGCGGACGACAUCGCCAUUAAUGGUUGCGUCACGGGGCUAGGAUGCAUCGAGUCUUCAUUUUUGUGUCAGACUUGUCCGUGCAUAACCGACUAUCAGAGUCCCGAUCUGCCGGCCUUGAUUGUCUGUUUGCAGUAUUUAAUUCAAGUGGAGGGUCCUAUGUGGAGACUGAUCAGAGGACAGGGUCUUUCGUACGGAUAUGGCAUUUACCCGAAACCGAACGAAGGAUUAUUGUACUUGACUUUCUAUAGAGCUACGAAUGCGAUAGCCGCGUAUAAAGAAACGAAAUCAAUAGUGGAAACGCAUCUUCCCGGCGACAAGUGGGACAAGCUACUUUAUGAGUCGGCGAAGUCGUCGAUGAUCUUCGAGACAAUUGAGCAAGAGAAGACAAUAGGUGACACGGUGACAUACUCGUUACUGUCCUAUUUCAAAAAUGUACCGCACGAUUAUCAUCGGCAAAUGGUACGACGCAUUUCCGCCGUCACUACGGAGGACAUGACCCGUGUAGCGACCUUAUACCUCAAACCGCUGUUCGAUCCGAAGAAAUGCAAGACCACCGUUGUGUGUCAUCCCUCCAAAGUUGCGGAAAUAGGAGAGGCCUUCAAAGCAAUGAGUCAAGAUCUGAAACUGUACAACUGUCUUGAAGAGACAUACCUGAGCGAGUGGUAAAAAAGGAAAAGAGCUUAUUUGUCAAUUACAAACUCGGAGAGCAUUUAUAUUUGGCAACAAUCUUUGUAAAGCUUAUGCUAAUUGAAUUUUUCUAGAGUUUCCACAUAGGCCGACGUACAUUAUAAAGAGUUAGUACACCGCCUAGUAAUAUAUAAACAUUACAUAAUACAUUAAAACGUGUGUUCGCUUUUGCACGCAGGCAACGAGACAUUCUAAUAAUAAGCAUUUAUAAAAAUAUUAGGUCUUACUAAUUGUUGUAACAGACUUAUUCGCUCUGAAUACGGAGCGCCGAAUAUACACGUUUGAAUGUUGUA